GUCUACAAGGAGAAGCUGUACGGAAAGAAGUACGUCUGGUUCCUCAUCGGCUGGGGCGCCGGCCACCGGGAGACAGGCGGCUUCCAGGAGGCUCCGCUGGCCUAUGAUGCCAUCUGGGCGCUGGCCCUGGCCCUCAACAAGACCUCAGCGGAGCUGGUCAAGAAGGGGUUGCGCCUGGAGGACUUCAACUACAACAACAAGAACAUCACCGACGAGAUCUAUCGGGCCCUCAACUCCUCCGCCUUUGAGGGCGUCUCGGGACAUGUUGUCUUUGACGCCAGCGGCUCCCGCAUGGCCUGGACACUCAUUGAGCAGCUGCAAGGAGGUGUCUACAAGAAGAUCGGCUACUACGACAGCACCAAGGACAACCUGUCCUGGUACAACAACGACAAGUGGAUCGGAGGUGCCCCUCCAGCCGACUACACCAAGGUCAUCACCACCUUCCGAUUCCUGUCCCAGAAGCUCUUCAUUUCCGUCUCGGUGCUGGCCUCGUUGGGCAUCCUCCUGGCCAUCAUCUGCCUGGCCUUCAACAUCUACAACGGGCACGUCCGGUACAUCCAGAACUCACAGCCGUACCUGAACAACAUGACGGCUGUGGGCUGCACGCUGGCGCUCGCUGCCGUCUUCCCCCUGGGACUCGACGGGUACCACAUCGGGCCGGGGCUUUUCCCUUUUGUCUGUCAGGCCCGGCUGUGGCUCCUGGGGCUGGGGUUCAGCCUGGCGUACGGCAGCAUGUUCACCAAGAUCUGGUGGGUCCACACCGUCUUCACCAAGAAGGAGGAGAAGAAGGAGAAGAGGAAG